AUGGCAGGUGCAAACGGUUCGCCGCUUAAGUUCAAGAAGUUUUCCGACGAGGCAACCAGCCUCAAAGUGUCCGAGGCAAAAGACAAGCACGACUACAACGCUGUCGUCAGUGACUUUAUUCCUCUGCAGCGCAUCCUUCCAGAUUCCAGACCGGAAGUCUGCCUGGUCCUGCGUUACCCAGACGACCUCCCGCCCGUGAGUGUCGUGAUACCGUUCCGGAACGAGCGCCCGAGCGUUCUGCUGCGUACCGUGUACAGUGUUCUGCUACACUCCCCGGCGCGCCUUCUCAGGGAGAUCAUCUUGGUCGAUGAUGGCUCCAAUGAACCGGAUCUUGGAAGUCAGCUAGACGUGCACGUGGCCAGCCUGCCUAAAGUGAGGCUCAUCAGGAAGGCGGUAAAUGUCGGCUUGAUGAUGGCGCGACAGGCGGGGAUAGACGCAUCCAGCGCAGAUUAUUUUAUCACUAUGGACAGUCAUAUGGAGUGCUCCCCCGGCUGGUUGGAGCCAGUAGUUUACCGGCUGGUUCAGAAACCCAAGGCCCUCGUGUGCUCGAAUAUCGGCUCCAUCAAUAACGAUGACUUUGGAGUGAGCCCAAACACAGAGAAGUUUGGCGUGGCCUUCGAUUUCCCGUUCUUCACUUGGAACCUUGGUCAGCAGAUUGCAAGAUUCACAAAAGAGUACUCGGAGUCACGCAAGAACAAUACGGAGCCGAUGUGGAUAGGGACAGUGAUGGGGAUGAUAAUUGCCAUGCGUAAAGACUGGUUCCAGCAGUUGGGCGGGUUCGAUCCCGGCAUGCACAUCUGGGGUAGCGAGCAGAUCGAGCUCUCCGUGAAGGUGUGGAUGUGCGGCGGGGAGGUAGAGAUGGUCAUGUGGUCUGUUGGAAAGGUUGGCAUGGUGAACCUGUUCCGCGUGGCGUACACGUGGCUGGACCAACCGUACCGUCAGGUAGUCAUAGACUACAGCGGAGAGAAGCCAAGUGAAGUCGACGUCGGUGACGUCAGUGAGAGGCGCGCUCUCAGGGAAGCGAACGCGUGUCACUCCUUCCAUCAGAGAGGCGCUGCUAAGUUAUGCCAUGAAGGUUUCUCGUACACAAAGAGGAAGGAGACCAAGUCGACGAUUCGAUGGGAAUGUUCUCAGCGACGAAGUGAGAACUGCAAGGGAACUGUCACUUCCGACAAUCCAGUAAGUUAA